GCUACAAGCUAUCUACUUGCAUAUCCAUUUGUAGCAGUCAGAUCAACGCAGUAAGGGACCCAGAAGCGUCGAGGAGGCAGCCAUGUGGUCUACGGGCGCGUUGACGGCUGCUCUGGCAAUUUUUGCGAGAUGUUCGCUGGCUCAGCAGCUGGUCGUACAGGGCAAUGCCGGACUCGCCCACGUUUCAGUUGCUCUGCAUUCGGACAAAUCGGUGACAGUGGAUGAUGUACCCUCAGACUCGUUCGCCGACACCAUCGUUUCGGCUCUCUCACAAUCCGACCAACAUACAACGCUCAUCCGCCUCCUACAGCGGUCCAAGUGCAUCCCCCUCCUUGCCCAUAUAGGCAACGCGACGGUCUUCGCGCCGACUGAUAAAGCCUGGAAAGCAUGGGAAGAUGAUCAUCGGCCUUCUUCAGAGGAUCCGACUGGGCUGUAUCGAGGCUGGCUAUCUGCUAGAGGAUUAGAAGAAUGGACCUGGUCAGAAGAUCAGGUCUUGGCCGCUCGAAUCGAGAGUGGUGGCGAACGAGCGGAAGAGGAGAAGAAGCUGGACAAUCAGAAUUGGUGGUUACGGCAGCAUCUUCUAUACCACAUGCUCAACUAUACCCUUCCCCCAUCGGCUUUCUUUCAUGACAGUCCUGGAGACAAAGGAGCGAUUUCUAUGACAGACGCCGCGGUCUCUCUAGAGACAACGCUGCUUUUCCCUCUAACGGAAGAACCGCCUCUACCCCCAACGCCUCCUCCAGGUCCACCAUGGCUUCCGAGAGGCGGUGAAGGACUGCUUGGUGGACACGGACAGAGGCUCCGAGUGGCUAAAGGCGACUCCGAGCACCGUGCAAAGGUCGGUGUGGACUGGACGGGAUCAGGCGGAAUUGAAUUCUGGGAUGGGAGCGGAUGGCCUGUUCCCGAUGACCAGAACAAGACCAGUGUGAACGAGGCUCAGAAGCGCAAAGGAGACAAAGGAGACCAGGAAGGGAAUGCACCGAAGAAACCUUCGAAUGCGACUGGUCCAGUGGCUCGGUGGGUCAGGAAUGGUGUAGUGGUGGGGAUACAAGGCGUUCUUGAGCCUCCUCUGAGCAUUCAGGAGAUCAUUCAAUCCACGCCUGAACUAUCAUACCUUUCGCAUCUGCUACCCUCCUCGCCUCCAUUCCCGGAUCCUCUGCCCGAUGAUCUCGCCACUGCACCACAUUUGACAAUAUUUGCACCUUCGAACGAGGCGUUCAAGGGGGCUUUUGAUGACAUUGAACGAGGAUACUUGGAAGGAGGGUACGGAUCUGAGGGAAUCGGCAGAGUAAUUGGAGGGAGUGUAGUACUGGCAGUGGGUCGUGGACAGGUUGGUUGGAGCGAUGCUUUCAAAGCGAAUGACGACUCUGUCGAAGCGGCAUUCGGUCUGCACCUCAUGGUCGAAGCCUCUCAAGGCCUCGCUGUCAACGGCACCAACGCCUCAGCCAUCGACAUCUUUGCGUCUAAUGGAGUCAUACAUAUUCUACCGACCUUGCUCCUUCCAGCGAACUUUUCCCUACUCAACUCGGCCGAAAAGGUCUUGCUAUCAGUCAACGCCACCCGGUUCGUGUCGCUUUUGCGGGAUGCCAACUUGUCUUCUAAAUAUGUCGGUCAACCGGGACGCGAACAGGAUGAGUCACAAGCAUGGACCUUCCUCGCGCCAACAGACGAUGUUAUGGAUAUGAUGGACCGAUUUGGAGCGGACCUGGGUCCUCCGCUGCCACACGUAUGGCAGCAUGUGAAGAGAGACCAAGUGGUAACUCCGAAUCACAGGAGCGUUCAGCUUGCCGAUGAGCCAUUCAAAGAUGCUUCUCCGCUUGCUGCGUUGCUGCAGUACCAUAUCCUCCCUGGGCGGUACGACCCCUCCGACAUCAAGGAUGGCAUGCUGCUAGGGACCGAGUUGAGGACGUCGUCGCUCAAGGGCGAGAGACAGAGACUUCGGGUGGACAUCUCUAGCAAUCGCGGGAAACUUCAGUGGGAUACCGUUGGUCAAGGAGAGAUCCGCUUCGGCGGUGCCAGCGUUAGAGGUAAACCAGUCCGCUCAGGGAAAUCCAUUAUAUAUCUCAUCUCGUCUCUGCUUUCACCACCUGAAGACGUGCUACAGACGGCUGUCUCGGAUCUCCAGCUGUCCACGUUCAUCGCUGCUGUCUAUGCAGCGGAUAUGGAACGUAUUGUCAAACAUACUCCUGGAUUGACCUGGUUCCUGCCGCGCAAUCGCGCGUGUAGCGCUCUCGGUCUCGGUAUGCAGUAUCUCCUCUCCUCGGAGGGCAAGGACGAGCUUCGCAAGGUGUUGCGAUACCACGCGAUCGACGGUGUCAUCUACUCUGCGGACAUUGAAUCUGGCAAGUCUGUCUAUAAGACAAUUGAAGGUGGCGACAUCAUCCUCGAUCGAUCGAGCGGAAAGAAUGGAAACUUGAGUCUAUCCAGUCCUACCAAAUGGAAAGACCACGACUCUGGAGAAGCUUUUCCCGCAAAUGGCGAACUACGGCCAGCAAGAAUCAGCCAGCUGGAUGCCCUCACGAGUACUGGUGUUGUGCACACCAUCGACAGCCUUGAAAUGCCCGCAGAUGUCAGCUUGACAAUAGCAAAGCUCAUCCGAGGCUCGAAGCAGAACACAAUGAUGGAUUUAAUGAUUCGAGCUGGAAUGGAGUGGAUCCUCCAAGGCCGUGAGCCAACGAACGAGGAAGUCAAUGCGGCUCAGCUUCAUGGAGUGGUACAGACUUGGAGCAGCGACGGAGAGAAUGACGGCGAUGAAGCCGAUUCUUUGGCCAUGCCUUCGUACACUGUUCUGUGUCCUUCGGACAAGGCGUUCUCCCGGAUCAACAUGUCACUCUAUUUGUCCGACAAGGACGCCUUGCUUGAUUUGCUGAAAUUACACAUCAUCCCGACUCAACCUUCUACGCCCCGGACGAUGAAAACCAAGCAGCCUGCGGAACCUCCGAAAGAUGGUCAACCCUUGAGUCUUCUCGACGACUUGGUCUAUGAUACGCUGUACAGCUCCAAAUCAAAGUAUGGUCAACUCGCUUUCCGAGCUACAGGUGAUAAUUCUUACAUGAUUGGGAUACGCAACGCGAGGAGCAGCUCUGAAUCCGACAACAAUGCUGCGCGUGUAGGUGCGAGUGGCCGUGGAUCCGUUAGAUGGAGACGGAAUCGCGUUCCGGACCUUUGGAUGGACGACACUGCAUCUCGAUAUAAGCGAUGGUUGAGCAGUAAUAAAGACAAGAAAAAGACUAGUGAAGCUGAAGAGGAUGAUAAACGAUUCGAUCUGUGGAAGGGGGGUCUGGCUCUGGGUGGAGGGGUAUUGAUGAUCGACAAUGUUUUGGUGCCGUUUGAGCCCAGCUGGUUCUCGAGAUGGGGAUGGCUCAUCGUCAGUCUCGUGGUGGUCGGAGUUGUAUUGUUAGUUGCGGGUGCGACCUUUGUAUGGUGGCGCAUCUCGAAGAACAAGGAAGAAAAGUACGAGCCUUUAGAAGGGGAAGAGGAGGAAUAGACUAUGGAACUCUGUACCAUCAUCAUUGGCUGUUCGACAUUUGGUGUUACUGGGUAGAUAGGUU